AUGAUAAAACUCUUUUUAACACUUACUUCGGGUUUUCCGACACUAAUCAAGCCCCCAUUAAGAGAAGAAACAGAUUCUAGUCAGUCACUAAGAAGGGUAAGGGUCCCAUCGGGAGAAGGUACUUCUGGUGUGAAUAAUCCUACACAGAUGCCACCUCCUAUACCUGAACCGGUAGCACAGCCAUUCCAGCCGGCUUCACUCCCCAUUGUUCAGAGAGCUGCUAAUGAUACACUUUAUGACAAAUUCAUCCAGUAUAAGCCGCCUAAAUUUACUGGGAUUGAGGACGCUCAUCUGUUUUUGGCUAGAAUUAGAGAAUUUUGUAUUGAGCUAGGAUGUAAUGAUGAGAGGUCCAUUGUGUUUACGGGCCGUAGAAUGGAAGGAAUAGCAAAAACAUGGUUUUGGGAUUAUGUUCAGCCUUCUUCCACUGGGAUGUCCUGGCAACAGUUUUCUACUUUGUUUAUGAAUCGUUUUGUGCCGGAAAGAACUAGAAGAGCCAGAAUGAGGGAAUUUGAAUCCUUAGUUCAGGGAGAUAUGUCAGUGGAUGAGUACGCCACAAGGUUCAUAGAGUUAAGUAGAUAUGCUCCGGGAUCCAUACCUGACGAAUGCACAAAAAUAUACAGAUUUAUUAGCAGGUUGAAUGCAGUAUAUGCCACUCUAUUUCAGCAAAGGGAACAGGACUUUAAUGCCGUAGUAGACUCAGCUAGACUAAUGGAAACCAAAUACAUUUCUGACGGGGUUAUUCCAGGCAGAAGAGCUAGCAGAAUAGUAACUCCCCUUGGGAAUCUGGGUGUGCCAGGAAUGAGUGGAUCAUUUAUUAUGGGCACACAGUCUUCAAGUUCUCAAUUCCAAGGAAAGGGAAGUACUGGUAGAAGGAAGGAUAAAAAGAAACUGUGGCCGAGAAAGAGUACUUAUACAGGUGAUCCCAGUAGUGGGCACAAUACAGGCAGCAGCAGAUCGAGUGUAACUGUUUGUCACAAGUGUGGCAAGACUCAUAAAGGAGGAUGCAACUUUGAUGCUAACACCUGCUUUAGGUGCCAUCAGACGGGACAUUUUGCUAGAGACUGCCCACUUCCUCAGUCACGAUAUGUGCCACCCCAGUCUUCUAUGGGUAGUGUGUCAAGACCUCAUUUUUCCACAUCGUCUACAUCAGAUACCAGAUUUGUAGGCCAGCAGGGCUGUGGUUCUCUUAGUAAGGGCAGAGGCCAGAGUUUUGGACAAAAUUCGCAUGCUGCAGGAGCACAACCUCGACUCUUUCACUUGACUCAGGGAGAUGUGCAGGCAUCUAAUGCUGUGGUGGCGGGCGUAGACUUACCUGCGAAUUUAAUUAUUUUGGAUGUGAUAGACUUUGAUGUUAUUCUGGGCAUGGACUGGUUAUCAACAUAUGAUGCAGAGGUUCACUGUAAAGGGAAAGAAAUUGUUUUUAAUAUACUAGAUGGUAAGAAGCUUAUUUAUAGGGUGGAUAAGAAUAUAGCUCCUUACAAUUUGAUUUCUGCUAUAAGUGCUAGAAGGAUGUUGGGAAAAGCUUGUCAAGGGUAUUUAGCACUGGUAAAGGACACUACAAUAGAAAUCCGCAAAGUUGAAGAGAUGUCGAUCGUGAAUGAGUUUUUGGACGUGUUUCUAGAAGAAUUACCCGGUCUUCCUCUAGAUCGAGAAAUUGAAUUCUGCAUUGAUCUAGUUCCCGGCAUAGAACCUAUAUCUAUGCCACCCUAUGUUUUCCCCCGGAGAAAAUCAAUGUUGUUUGUUUUUGGAAAAAGGUGGUAA